CACGACUUUCAUCAAAACCAUCGUCUUCAUCACAACGUAAGCCCAAUUUCCACCGGUGACUGUCCCGAGAUAAUGCAGUGAUGGAACCGUGUGGCCCACAAAAAAAUUUCAACAAUUUUCUAACUUUGCCGUUAAUCCGAAUCGGACCCUCAUCAAGGAUCCAUCACUGGGAGUCAUCAACUUACGACCGCGGUUCCGUAGGUACUAUGUGGUUGACCGUUGACCCUCAUCCUCGCUGCUCCACAGCUUGGCCCUUGGGUCGCACACUAGGGGAUAAGGGUUUCGGUCCGGUGAAGCGAAGGUCUUCAGCAUUACUCAAAGUUUCGGUCUACAGUAAGUGUGUAAUAGUUCUGUGGGUGCGAUAUCCAUACUCUUUUUUGGACGUGCAUUUCAUAUUCAUAUCUAUCCUGAUCUGGAUUUCUCCGCUACGAUUGCGGCUACUAGCGUCGAAGUUUGAUAUGCUACCCGACCUACCCGUUGUUCGUUUUUUGUCUUUUGCUCAGCGAAGCGCCAAGUUUGGGUGGAAGGGUCAUGCGGUGCUACCACGACCAUUCCAAGUGCGGGCCUCGCCUCUGACCUAAUUCCAGUAUCUCAUGGACGUCGUUUUUACGCGUGUUAUUAUCUUCGCCUUCUGACGGACAGCCUGCAAGUCCCUUAAGCAGCUGCUCGCACGGUUCUUUAUCUUCGCUACGG